AUGUCAGAUCGUUUCUCUAUCCAGCCCAUUGGGCGAUUCUACGCUGCAAGCCAGCCAGUCAAACGACCAAAGGAGUUUGCUUGCUUCUCAUACGACGACAACCAUGACUUUCAUCUCGGCGACUCGUCACUGAGAUAUUACUAUACGCCAGCCCUUGGCGCCGAUCUGUCCAAAGGCUACGACAGCUUCAUCAAGCAUGACGACUCGAAACCCGAGCACCUAGGGGCAUUGCUCAAGACCAUCAAAGCCCAUGAAGAAGAGACGGGGCAGAAAAUUGACGCGCAGAUUGUAACAUGGCGUGGCAUGAUGACCAAGAUCAUGGCAUCCCCUUUCGAGGAUCGCGACGGAUAUAUAGAAGAGAACCAUGAGUAUAAGGUGGCGUCUCAGAAGCAACAGAAUGCGUCACAGCGACGAGGACCGAUUCCUCCUGAAGUGAUGCAGUUUUGGGGUAUGAGGCAAACCCCGUCCGCAAGGAAAGAAGCUUACUAUGGAACAGGCUACAAGUUUGAGACCUUGGCGACGCUCCCCGCCCCCUGGGGCGACACCCCCAGAGAAUACAUUGAGAAUAGGGACGGCGAGAUCGUCAACAACAAGGCCCAGUACUGCUCCGUAGUCCGAACAGGCAUCGGGCAAACCGUUAUUUGCAUAGGGGGCGAAGUCGACGCCGUCUGGGACUCCAAGCCUGUGAAGCCCGGCGCGCCCACGAACUGGGUCGAGCUUAAGACGAGCCUCGCCAUCCGCGACGACCGCGACGUCGACAACUUCCACCGCAAGCUCAUGAAGUUCUGGAUCCAGUCCUUCCUCCUGGGCGUCCCCAAGAUCAUUGUCGGCUUCCGCAAUCGCCAGGGCAUCCUCACGGGCGUCGAGGAGAUCGAGACGGAGAAGAUCCCCGACACGGUGCAGCGCCGCGGCAAGGCGACGUGGAACGCCGACAUGUGCGUCAACUUUGCCGCCGAGUUCCUCGUUUGUGAGUCCGCCCCUCCCUCCCUUCGCUCUCAGCACCCCUCUUUUCUCUCCGUCCGCUCUGGAAUGGAGGCCAUUGCCUGUGAAGAACAGUCUGUUGACCGGAUGACAGGGCUACGACAGACCAUCAACGAUGACGGCGUGUGGAGGAUACGCAGGCGGGCUGGGGAACCGAACAUUGAGGUGUUCAAGAUCGACGAGGCCGGGCAUGGAGACGUCUUGACGGACGAGUUCAUCAACUGGAGGAUCAAACUCUCAAUGAAAAGCACAGCGCCGGAACUGGAGCCUGAGCCUGAGCCGGAACCGGAACCGGAGUCGUAG